AAAACAACUCUGAAUUAUGGCCUCAAAAUCCAAGGCAAAUCUUCACAACUGUGACAACUUGGAGGGGUAACAGCAUUAUAGUUUAUACUCCUAUGGCCUUGAGUCUGAUCAGUACUAGUAUUUCUCUUCAUCCAGGCCCUUCUCCUCCUUCCCCUUCUCCUUUUCUCAUCCCAAAGCACAGGCUCUUCAAGCUCUGCUCCUCUUCAUCUUGUUUUAGAACCAGUGCUCAGUCUGGUGGAACUGAAGGCCGUGGUGUCACACAGGAGGAUCCUCCUCUUCCUGCUGCCUUGUCUGAAUCUCCAUCUUCAGCUCGGUCACAACUGGAUCUUUUGGAACAACUCACUUCCACUAGUCCAUCUCUUGAAGGAGGUUAUGAAAGUGAUGGUAUGUCCCGCAAUCUCACCAUCCGUGAUCAGCUUGCACAGUUGGUUGGGGAGAGAGAUGAUGAUUUCAUCAUUCCAUUGGGGAAGAAUCUAAAGAAAGUGAGUCCCAAGUUCUUAACCAUCUCACAGAAGAGAAACAUCAAGAGACAGGCUUACCUGAAUGAAGUAUCUCAAAGGAAUGAUUCAGUUUUCUUUGCCACCAUAGGAGCUUUUGUGAUUCUUCCACCAAUUAUCAUACUAGGGAUUGCUAUAAUUACUGGUUAUGUGCAGCUUUUUCCUUGACAUAUAUCAUACAUGUUUAUUAAAUUAAUGUUAUAAAGAAAUUAUAUAGUUUCUUCUCCCAAUUUAUAGAUUUUAUGAUUUUUGUA